AUGGGCAUCUCUGGCCUGGAAGCUGCCCAAGUCUGGAUUUCCAUCCCUUUCUCUACGUCCUACAUUAUCAGUCUGUUGGGAAAUUUCACAGUUCUGUUUGUUGUAGCCAAAGAGCGGACGCUGCACAAGCCGAUGUACCUGCUACUCUGUAUGCUGGCGCUCACAGACAUUGUAAUAUCUACCUCCACUGUGCUGAAGUCACUGAGUAUAUUUUGGUUCAGUUUGAAAGGCAUUACCGUGGGUGGCUGCCUCACUCAGAUGUUCUUCCAUUAUGCAGGUUCUAUGAUGCAGUCAGCCAUCCUCGUGACAAUGGCCUUCGAUCGCUACAUCGCCAUCUGUGACCCUCUGAGAUAUGCCACCAUCCUCACCAACACACGAAUAGCUAAGAUAGGGCUAAUUGGUUUGAUGAGAACUGUUCUCUUCAUUAUGCUUCUGCCCCUGCUUCUGAGCAGAUGGCUAUUCUGUGCCAACCACAUUAUCCCCCACACGUACUGUAACCACAUGACUGUGGUGAAGAUUUCCUGUGGGGACAUCACAGUCAACAAGAUGUACGGCUUGGUGGUAGUCUUUGUAGUCACCUGUUUAGACCUGAUGUUCAUUGCCCUGUCCUAUGCAUCACUUGUCAGCCCCCAAUCCUAG